AUGUCCAUUGACUACAGCAGCAAUCCGGCCGUCACUAACUUUAUAGAAUAUUUAAGAAUACCAAGUGUUCAGCCUAAUAUUAAUUACGAUGAAUGUGUCAGUUUCCUCGAGAAGCAGGCGCAAGGUUUGGGGUUAGGUUUUAAGGUGUAUGAAAUGGUACCCAAAAAGCCGAUUGUAGUGCUGUCUUGGGUGGGGCUGAAGCCUGCACUGGGGUCUGUCUUACUCAACUCUCAUAUGGAUGUUGUACCGGUCUUCGAGGAUAGUUGGACAUAUCCCCCAUUCAGCGGGCACAUAGAUAAAGAUGGAAAAAUAUACGCCCGUGGCGCACAGGAUAUGAAAUGCGUCGGAAUUCAGUACAUAGAGGCUGUCAGGAAGUUGAAAAAAGCUGGUGUUCAACUGCAGAGGACUCUUCAUCUAUCCUUCGUCCCUGAUGAGGAAAUCGGUGGUGUAGAUGGAAUGGAAAAGUUUGUGCAUACAAAAGAUUUCAAAGCUCUGAAUGUUGCAUUCGCCUUAGACGAGGGUAUGGCUAGUCCCACCGACGAGUUUGUCUUGUUCUACGGAGAAAGGAGCAUUUGGCAAAUUCACGUACACUGCACCGGUCAGCCAGGCCACGCGUCACUGUUAUUUCCUAACACUGCUGGUGAAAAGCUCCGCUUCAUCAUCAAUAAGUUCAUGACCCUUCGGGAUGAGCAGAAAAAUAUUUUGGAUAGCAAUCCUAAACUUACCAUCGGAGAUGUUACUACUGUUAACUUGACUCAAGUUCAUGGCGGCAUCCAAUCCAAUGUAAUCCCCGAGAAGCUGUCUAUAGUGUUCGAUUGUCGCCUCGCCGUCACUGUUGAUCACGAAGCUUUUGAGAAUACGAUAAAGCAAUGGUGCAAAGAAGCCGGUGACGGUGUGACGUACGAGUUUGAGCAGAAAAAUCCUGCAGUUGAAUGCACAAAACUUGAUGAUAGUAAUCCUUUCUGGGUGGCGUUUAAAGAAUCGGCUGACAAAUUGAAACUCCAACUUUCUUGCCGCAUAUUCCCGGGCGGUACUGACAGUCGAUACGUGAGGGAGGUCGGUAUACCCGCCUUGGGAUUCUCUCCCAUGAACAAUACGCCGGUCUUACUCCACGACCAUGACGAGUUCCUUUCAGCAGACGUGUUCCUUAAAGGCAUCGAUAUCUAUACACAGCUUAUACCAGCUGUUGCUAACGCUUAA